AUGACAGCUCUCCUUGCGACAGUUUUGCUUCUGGGUAACCUGGUCCCUGGACGUCAGGUACCCGAGGAGAAACGGUCGGAAGUCAGGCCGCCGCGCAUCGCAUACUCAUCGAUCUACGAGCGCUUAGUGCAUGCAGAUCCAACGUGUCUCUUCAGCAUGUCUGUGAGCUCGAUCAUUCUGCCCGCCGCUCUGCGCUGCACUGCACUGUACUGCACUGUACUGCACUGCCCGCUCAACCCCCAACAUCGUCUGGUGUCGAGUGCCGACUUUUCCACCAGCUGUCUCUCUAUCUCUUUCGGUAACAAAGCCGAGAUGAACCAUUUCCAACAACACGAUGUCCUGUAA